AUAGAUGCUCUCCUCAUGGAACCAUUACCCACCAAACAAUGGCGAGCCGCCUCCGUCUCUUCUCCGCCGCUGCGCUACUCCUCGUGGCCGUCCUCACCGCCUCGGCUGACGACGCGCACGACGCGCUCCAGGCCUUUGGGCUCCCCAAGGGGCUCCUUCCGGACUCGGUGUCGAGCUUCUCGCUCGCCGAGAAUGGCAAGUUCGUGGUGGAGCUCAGGGCGCCGUGCUACGUCAAGUUCACCGACCUCGUCCACUACGGGAAGACCAUCCGGGGUCAGAUCCGCUACGGCAUCAUCUCCGAAAUUUCCGGGAUCCAGAUUAAGAAGUCCUUCGUCUGGCUUUCCAUCUCCGAUAUCGUGGCCCACCCCGCCGACGGCACCGUCGAGUUUAUUGUGGGCUUCCUCUCGGAGUUGCGUCCUGCGACGCUGUUCGAGAGCGUCCCGCAUUGCAGGGUCAAUGCCUCCCCUCGUGGCGUGUUCUCACCGGAGGAGUUGCUCCCGCUCCCGGUUUCGGAGGUGUAAGUGCGAGAUCCUCCUCAGUGUUCGGCCUUUCGACGAACUCAAGCGAAAUAUGUACUUGAGGAAUAAGUUUGAAUCAUAAUGUGGUCUAUGUUACUUGUAUCUGUUUCUGGAAUUACUGCUCUAAAUAGCAAAAUAUAAGCCUUUUCGCCGUUAGAUUUACCUGUUCUAUAUCUACAUUUUCUUUUGACAAUGUUGAUGUCAGCAUCACAAGCAGAUUUACUAGCGCCAUGUUAUGAGAACAUCAAAAAGGGCAGAACACCACAAUUCCAUUAUAUCUGGAAUGCUGAAAGCAAGCUGGUAUCAACAAGACAGACUGCAAGUGCUUUGAUUCUCUUUUCUUUUUCCUGUAGUUUCCUUUUAUGUGUAAUAUGGACUGGAAUCAUGUUGGAUGCAUGAGACUGUGAAAUGUUGGAAGAGAUAAUAAUAUUUGGGUGAGACAGAGAUAUGAUUGAGAAAA